AUGGACGCGGAGAGUUCUUCGGGGGCCCUUCGCUCCCCGGAGGAGGGCAGCAGCAGGACGCUGGGGGCCUCGCCGCCUUCGGAGCAGCACAGUGACGGGCUCAGCAGCAGCAGCAGCAGCAGCAGCAACACCCACAGCAGCAGACACAGCAGCAGCAGCAGCCGCCACAGGUGCAGCAGCCUCGACGGCCGCUACUGGCAGGUCGGGAACGGCAAGGACGCGGAGGGCAGGCGCCGCUCCCGCCGCCAGCAGCAGCAGCAGCAGCAGCAGCAGCAGCAGGAGGCAGAGGGGACCACCCAGUACGGCAGCUCGGUCUCUGCAUGCAGCCCCGAAGGCCCCAGCACUCCCGACGAUGUUUCCGUCAGCAGCAGAAGCAAACGGAACGGCUCUACGCGGCAGCAGCAGCAGCAGCAGCAGCUGCUGCUGCUGCGGCAGCAGCAGCAGCAGCUGCUGCUGCAGCAGCAGCAGCUGGGGAGGCAGCGGAGCCGCAGCUGCGGCAGGUUCGAACCCAAGGCGUCCGAGUCCGAGCGAGAGCAGCAGCAGCAGCAGCAGAAGCAGCAGCAGCAGCAGAAGCAGCAGCAGGCUGAGGAACCUCGGGGGCUCCAGCGGUCGUCUCGGCUCAGGAACCCACCCAAGAGACUGGGAGAGGAAGUUGCUGCUGCUGCUGCUGCUGCAGCAGCAGAGCAGCAGCAUCCGGCAGCAGAUGCAGAGGAGCGAUAUCGUACACGAAGUGCCAGGCUGCAGCAGCAGCAGCAGCAGCAGCCGCAGCCGCAGCAGCAAGGCACUCAGCGUCAGCUUUCCCUACGUCAGCAGGCGUUGCGGACGCGGCAGCAGCAGCAGCAGCUGCUGCUGCAGCAGCAGCAGCUGGAGCAGCAGGAAGAGGAGGAGCAGCAGCAGCAGCAGGAGCAGCAGCAGCCGCAGGAGGACGAAGGCGAGGGUGACGAUGACGAGCAAGCAGCAGCAGCAGCAGCAGGAACUCGGUACAGCUUGAGGGCCAAGAGAAGCAGAAGAGAAAUCUUUCAUGCAGAUCUUCUGGCCAAGAAAAGCUACAAACCCUUGUCUGCUGCUGCUGCUGCUGCUGCUGCUGGGCGGAGACACAGAGACGGCAGCACGGGCGAGGGAGGGCUGCUGCUGGACGGGGAGGACAGUGCAGCAGAAGGGACUGACACAGCAGCAGCAGCAGCAGCAGCAGCAGCAGGGGAGGACGUGAAGGUGUGCAGCGAGUCCGAAGACGAUUUGCUGCUGUCGGACGGGGAGACGGCGGCGGCGGCGGAGGCCGCAGCAGCAGCAGCAGCAGCAGCAGAAGCUGCUGCUGCUGCUGCAGCAGGAGCAGCAGCAGGCAGCAGCCAGUGGAGACGCCGCGGGGGCCCCGGGAGGCCCCGGCUGCACCCCCUGGGCCUCCGCGGCAGCAGCAGCAGCAGCUAUUCAGUUCCUGUAACUUCUGCGCUGCAGGACUUGCGCCAGAAGAUCUACAAAGACCCCAAAGUUGUCGAGUUUGCUGCGCCCUUCAUGUCCGCUGCUGCUGCUGCUGCUGCUGCUGCUGCUGCUGUGUCAGUCCCUUCUGCUGCACUGUCCUCCCCGUCCAGCAGCAGCCCUCCCUCGCCCGUGCUGCCGUCUCUGUGUCUCCGCCCAGCAGCAGCAGCAGCAGCAGCAGCAGACAAGGCUCCUGGGGCCGCUGCUGCUUCUGCUGCUGCGCUGCUGCUGCUGCUGCUACAUUCGCUGCUGCUACUGUCGCUGCUGCGCUUCCCGCUGCAGGCAGGAAAACUUCUCAGCGAGAGGCUUUUGCAGCUUGUCGCGACGGAGCUGCAGCGCAGCAGCAACAGCAGAAGGACCAGCAGCAGCAGCAGCAGCAGUAAGCUUGCAGCCGAGAGCAACGCUACGGCGGAAGUGCAGCAGCGCCAGACACUGCAGCAGCAGCACCAGCAGCAGCAGCACCAUGACCAACAGCGGAAGGCAGCCGCUGCAGACAGCGCAUCAACCAUUCAGGCCGUCUUCUCGCUGCUGCAAAAGUUGUCGCGGUGGAGGCGGCAGCUUGAGGAGCAGCAGCUGCCGCUGCUGCUGCAGCGCCAGCAGCUGCUGCAGCAGCAGCUCUCACGCAGCGAGACCCCAGCAGCCUCUCCAGGGCCAUCAGCAGCAGCAGCAGCAGCAGCAGCAGCAGCAGCAAUUGCAGCAGCAAUAUCGCCCACUGUGGAGGUGAGGCCUUGCGCAGCCAGCGGCAGCCUCAGCCCCACACAGCAGGCGGCGGUGCAGCAGCAGCUGCUACAGCUGCAGCAGCAGCAAAAGCUGCUGCAACACCAGCUGCUUGCUGUUAAAAAUACACUUGACAAACUCGACCCUUUGCUGCUGUCUCGUGCUGCUCUUUCGUGCGGGGCAUACGCAAGGGCCCUAUGUUUUGUCGAGCAGCAUAUUGCUCGUGACUUGCUGCCCCUGGAAGAACUGCAGCGGCGGGUGUGGGGCGCAGCAGCAGCAACUGCAGCAACUGCAGCAACUGCAACGAGUGCAGCAGCAGCUGACAGCAGCUGCGACGAGGCCGUAGUGCAGCUGCUGCUGCAGUCUUAUAGAGGCCUCAAGGCUCGGGAGCUGCUGCUUGCUGCAGUAGAACGGAGCCGGUUAGCUGGAGUGUACAGACACCGCGCUACGUCUCUUCCUGCAGCAGCAGCAGCAGCAGCAGCGUCAGGCGAUGCGACGGGUGAGAGGCUGCCUGAGGCCGAAAGGCAGCAGCUGCAGCAGCAGGCUGUGCUGCAGCAGCUGCAGCAGCAGCUGCAGCGGCAGCAGCAAAGAGUCCACAUGGACGGCUUUGCCCUGGAGCUCCGCAGCAAAUGGCGGCAAGCAGCAGCAGCAUACUGCAGCCGGUGA